AACCGAUCCGGCUCUACAUAUAUGAGUUAGACUAGUCUAGGGCGCUGGGCUUGCAAAUCAUUCUGUGUUCCUUUCGUCUUCCCUCAAAUCUGCUCUCUGUCACCUUUCUCAUAGCUUCGACGCUAGUUCUCGUGCUCUCUAUUUAAAGAUAGGGACUAUAAAGUACAUUGUAAAGAUAAAAUGAAGCAUAUUGUAAAGAUUAUGUCUUUGCUAGUGGCCAUCACUGCCUUUUGGAUUGGCCUCUUAGAGUCGUCAGUGGUUCCACGUAGUUACGCUUGGUUGCUACCACUCUACUUUAUUGUAUCGCUAGGAUGCUAUGGUCUUCUAAUGGUUGGAAUUGGCUUGAUGAGGUUUCCAACAUGUCCUCAAGAAGCAGCGCUGCUACAACAGGACAUAGCAGAAGCCAAAGAGUUCUUCAAACAAAAAGGGGUUGAUGUGGGUCGUGAUUAAGGCCUGACAAAAGCUUUUUUCCUGUGGUGGGUUAAAAGAAGAAGCCAGAUUUUGGAGACGUAGAGGAAAUUCCUUGACAUUCCUUAAAACCAGAGAAUUUAGAGUGAAUAUUAGUUCUCAAACUAACUUGAAGCAUUGGCUUCUCUGUGACUGAGAAAUUUGGAAUGAACCAUUGAUACCUUCGAAUUGUGUAAAACCUGAUAGUGGUUUGUUUUUUUGGUUGGGGUAGGGGCGGGCUUAGUUGAACAGAAUUUCUUUCUAAAAGAAAUGGAAUGGUUAAUUCCACAAAAGAAGUCUUUUUCAUGAGAUAGAACUAGCAAGGAGAUUUGAUGUAAAAUUAUCUCAAUUUUGAUGCUUCUACUCCUGAGGAUGAGGGUGAGACUAUAGAAGCUCCUUUUAUUCUUCUUCUUC